AUGGAUCUCGUGUCAAUCAACCAAGGCGCUUCCUCUCAGAUCAACAAUGCCGAUAUCUCUGCUACUAUCCAUCAAACCAAUGGAUACUCGGCGGAGGAGAUCAAUCUGCAAAUUCAGAGACAGGACGAGAUUGCAAAGAUGAUACGGGAACGGGAGGCGCAGCUUUCGGUGGAGGCUCGGGCUGCGACAACUCGUGAUCUCCUGUGGGCGGGAAGCGACGGCGAAGGCGAAGACGAGGAAAUGUGCACGGAGUGUGGGCAACAUUUUGAUGACGACGACGACAUGAUGAGAUGUUCUGGAUGCGAGGGGUGCUGGCACCGGGAUUGCGCGGAUGGCCCGGUCUGUGACGACAGUGAAACGUGGUUGUGCUCAAAAUGCUUUGUCCCCGGGGAGGACUCUGGAGGCGACGACGGGGGUGGUAGCGGAGACGAACACAGUGGCAGUGGUGGGGAUGACAGCGGAGACGAGGCCAGUGAUAGUGCGAGCAGCAGAUCAGCGAAAUCGCGGGCAAGUAGGUCCCCGUACAUCGACCUCGUCGAAGCCAAAGAGGAGGAGGAUCGCGAGGUCAUCAAGGCGAACAUAGAUGCCCAGCGUGAGCUCGCCAAAAAGAAAAAAGAGGAUCAGCCGAUCUCGGAUACCCGGUACCUCACGAGGAACGACGUCACCGAAGCCGUCAGACAGAUGAAGGCAGAGAUAGAAAUUGAUGGUGCCAUCAUUCGGAAGAUGGAGAAAGAGGACCCACGACUGUACGGCAUCACGGUGGACCCGGUGAGCGGCACACAGGUUGAGCUCGACAGCAGGAAGGGGAGAGUCGUGGCAGCAAAGAGGGAUGCCGACGGCUACCUAGAAUUUCGGGUCGAGUUGGACGGGAAACAGCGCAAGGGCAAGGGAACCAACAAAACGCUCAACAGCCGCCAACUUCUCGAGAGUGCCGUGAGCGAGGGAAUCGUCCGGUGGGAAGAUGAGGUGAAGCGGAUGGGGAAGGCUUUCUGCAGUAUUUUUGCCCUCGUGUACGUCCUCGUCUACAAGUUCGUCAUCAGCGACGAUAAAGUGAAGCGAAAAGUUAAUCCGGUCAAGUUGGAAGGGAAAGAGAGAACGGAAGCUCUCAAGCUUCGCCGGUUUGCGUGGGAUCAGAUUAAGAGUGCUAGAGCUUCAGAAGUGAUCAACGCCCAUGAACUCGGCUUGCUCGCCUCGGACGAAGAGCUGCAGCGGGAGCUUCAGCAAGAUAACAGUCUUGUAAAAGUUCUCAACAUCAACCUCGACACGUACCCCGGCCUGAUGCUCCUGGAGGAUGAGCACGAGCAACACAUGGACUACGCGCCCCAGCACUACAGCACCGUAGACCACUACAUCAAAGGAGCUCAGGCUGCGUAUAAGCUAGGUCGAGUCAUGAGCCUGGAGUCGUGCAUGGCUCCGUUGUCCAUGGGUGGCGACCGCGACGAGCUUCCCCCGGGAGUCAAUCUUGCGCACGAGGAGCAGAGGAGGAUUUCGCUGCACAUCAUGAAGAUAGAGGUCAAUGUCGCGAGGUACGGGUUGGCCACGCGAGCUCUUGUGGCGAGAGCUCGGGUCUCCAACGAACUGUGUCAAUGGUAUGCGUAUGCUCCAUUGUACAGAACGAUGCUGUUUAGCCGCCCCGGGAGAGACAAGAAGCCGAUCAAGCCGACUACGGAGAACACGAGCAGGGUCAGCCCCACACGAAAGCAUUUCGUAGCUUUUCAAAAAGCAAUGGACUUGAGCAUAACUAGAAGAGAGGAUCUAGAGGUCAUCGACCUUUGGUACUCAGAGUACGAGGGCGUAGCCAAAGAGAAGAAAAGGUUGGCUGUGAUUUGGGAGAACAGGCGGGUGCGAAUGGGUUAUGGCCCGAAGGUAAAAGGUGGGCGGACGCACAAAUCGGGGAACAAUGAAGCUGUACUUUUCUUGCGGAAGAUGCUGAAAAAGAAUGGUGUAGAUCUUGUCAUGGACUUAGUGAGUGACGAGGACAAGGAGGUGUGUUACCGGGUGCUGCAAGUGACCCGGAUGCAAUCGGGGAGCACACGGACGAAGCACACCUCUACCCGGCUGCCGAGCGGGCUAACAUAG